UUUAUAUUGAGAGGGGCACCAUUCAUUGAACAUCACUUCAGGUUCACAGAAUACAAGAGAAAGAGUGACAGACAGACUCGUAGCGCAACACGAAACUAACUCCAUUUGAGGGAGCUGCCAAGGCCGGGGAUUCAUAAACUCAUUUGCUCUUACAGAUUUCUGCAUAGCUUGGGGCCAAGAACAAGCGAAGAUGAGGCUGCUGUGCUUGGUUUUGCUGGUCGCCGGCAGCGUGUUUGCCGAUGACGACGACAAGAGGGAGAAUGUGGGGACCGUGGUCGGAAUCGACCUGGGGACUACCUAUUCAUGUGUUGGAGUCUUCAAAAAUGGACGUGUGGAAAUCAUUGCCAACGAUCAGGGAAACCGCAUCACUCCAUCAUAUGUGGCCUUCACCACUGAGGGAGAACGUCUGAUUGGUGAUGCUGCAAAGAACCAGCUGACCUCCAACCCUGAGAACACGGUUUUUGAUGCCAAGAGGUUGAUUGGACGUACCUGGUCCGAUUCAUCUGUGCAGCAGGACAUCAAGUACCUGCCCUUCAAGGUUAUUGAGAAGAAGAGCAAGCCCCAUAUCCAGGUGGAAAUCAGCAGUGGCCAGAUGAAGACAUUUGCCCCUGAGGAAAUCUCUGCGAUGGUUCUGACUAAGAUGAAGGAGACUGCUGAGGCUUACCUGGGAAAGAAGGUCACACAUGCCGUCGUCACCGUCCCUGCCUACUUCAAUGAUGCCCAGCGUCAGGCCACCAAGGAUGCUGGUGUCAUCGCUGGUCUGAAUGUUAUGAGAAUCAUAAAUGAGCCAACUGCUGCCGCCAUUGCCUAUGGUCUGGACAAGAAGGACGGCGAGAAGAACAUUCUGGUGUUUGAUCUUGGCGGUGGCACUUUCGAUGUUUCCCUCCUCACCAUUGACAACGGUGUUUUUGAGGUGGUAGCCACCAACGGUGACACUCACUUGGGAGGUGAAGACUUUGACCAACGUGUCAUGGAGCAUUUCAUCAAGUUGUACAAGAAGAAGACUGGCAAAGACGUGCGCAAGGACAACCGUGCUGUGCAGAAGCUGCGUCGUGAGGUUGAGAAGGCAAAGAGGGCCUUGUCUGCCCAGCACCAGGCCCGCAUUGAGAUCGAGUCCUUCUUUGAGGGAGAAGACUUCUCUGAGACCCUGACGCGUGCCAAGUUUGAGGAGCUCAACAUGGACCUGUUCCGUUCCACCAUGAAGCCUGUACAGAAGGUGCUGGAAGAUGCUGACCUGAAGAAAUCCGACAUUGAUGAGAUUGUCCUGGUUGGAGGUUCCACCCGUAUCCCCAAAAUCCAGCAGCUGGUGAAAGAGUUCUUCAAUGGCAAAGAGCCCUCCAGGGGCAUCAACCCUGAUGAGGCUGUGGCUUAUGGAGCUGCUGUGCAGGCUGGUGUGCUGUCUGGAGAGGAGGACACUGGUGAUCUGGUCCUUCUUGAUGUGUGCCCUCUGACCCUGGGUAUUGAGACUGUUGGAGGUGUCAUGACCAAGCUGAUCCCCAGGAACACUGUGGUGCCCACCAAGAAAUCCCAGAUUUUCUCUACCGCCUCUGACAACCAGCCCACUGUCACAAUCAAAGUUUAUGAAGGUGAGCGUCCCCUGACAAAAGACAACCAUCUGCUGGGCACCUUUGACCUGACCGGUAUCCCUCCUGCCCCUCGUGGUGUGCCCCAGAUUGAGGUGACCUUUGAGAUUGAUGUCAACGGUAUCCUGAGGGUCACUGCUGAGGACAAGGGCACAGGCAACAAGAACAAGAUCACAAUCACAAACGACCAGAACCGGCUGACACCUGAAGAUAUCGAGCGCAUGGUGAAUGAUGCAGAGCGCUUUGCUGAUGAGGACAAGAAGCUGAAGGAGCGUAUUGAUGCCCGCAACGAAUUGGAGAGCUAUGCCUACUCCCUGAAGAACCAGGUGGGCGACAAGGAGAAGCUUGGUGGCAAGCUGUCCGAUGAAGAUAAGGAAGCCAUUGAGAAGGCAGUGGAGGAGAAAAUUGAGUGGAUGGAGUCCCACCAGGAUGCUGAGCUGGAAGACUUCCAGGCCAAGAAGAAAGAGCUGGAGGAGGUGGUGCAGCCCAUUGUGAGCAAGCUUUAUGGCAGCGCUGGUGGACCCCCACCUGAGGGCGGUGAAGGUGACCAGGAUGAGAAGGAUGAGUUGUAGGCAGGUAGAAGCAACUCAGUUCUCUCUGUCGCCCCUUGCCUCUCUGGUAGGGGCAAUUAGAUGUAUAUAAUGGACUGAUUGGACUCAUGGUGAGAGAAAUAGUUGUGAAGGGGUGGC